AAGACGCGCAAAAGAGGAAGAAGACGAGGAAGGAGAGUAGAGGCAACAGAAUGGAAACAUCAUCAUUUGAGAGAUGGAAAUUCGGCCACUACUUCGAACUUGUAGAAAGAAAAGAAAAGAAAAGAAAAGAAUUUGACUGUGAAAUGUAAGUUGUGCCCGGGGCAGAAGCAGCUAUCCACCGCUGCCAACACAACCUCUAACCUGACCAAGCACCUGCAGGUUCAUGGUAGCAUGAAGCUAAUGGCUGCUAAAGAUCAGACCGAGACUGCUGAAGAGAAGAUGCUGGGUCCGACACCACCAAAACAGGCAAGGCUUGACUUUGAGCAAAAAUAUGCAACAAAAGCGGAGAUAGAUAGGCUUGUAGCCGCAUAUAUUGUGGAGGAAAUGUUGCCUGUUUCCACGGUGGAAUCAAAACUUACUGAGCAACAUACACAUAGCACGGAGCGGACGCCCGCCAUCAGACAGGAAAACCUUCACAAGCUACCUGGACCAGUGUUAUGUUAAGAUGGAAACUAGCUAAAGAAAACAUUUGAGAGCUUAGAAUCUGUAUCAACUACUGCUGACAUUUGGACUUGCCACAAUAAAAGCUUUUUAGGUAUGACAGCCCACUGGAUUAACCCGAGCGUGAGAAAGCUGCAGUUGCCUGCACAAGAAUAAAAGGACGACACACGUACGACGUUAUAGGCAGUGAAAUUGAACAGGUUCACUCAAAGUUUGGUCUGUCACACAAGGUGACCGCUACUGUAACUGACAAUGGGUCAAAUUUUAUUAAAGCGUUCAAGAUGUAUGAGCCUGGACCGUCAGAUUCACACGAGGAGGGCGGUGGAGAUAAAGAUGUGGUGUUCACAGAUGUUGAAGAAGUCCUCUCCAGUGGGACAGUAUUCCCUACCCCCUCACUUGAGAUGUGCAUCGCACACACUGAACGUGAUUUCUACUAAUGAUGUUGACAAAUGGCUGACAGCGAACCCUGAGUCCAGAUCAGUGUACAGAAGGGCAACUGGGAAGUGCUCUGCCCUCUGGACUAAGACCAGCCGUUCUACUGUGGCCUUUGAGCUUGUUGAGGAUAAAUGUAAAAGAAAACUCAAGGUGCCGACAACAACGAGAUGGAACUCAUUCCAUGAUGCCUUGUCCCGCAUCACUGACAUUCCCAUCCCAGAGUUGAACUCCCUCUGCAGUCCACUAGAAAUUAAAGCCUUCACUGAACGGGAGUAUCAGUUUCUUAAGGAAUACUGCACAGUUAUGAAACCACUCACUGUGGCUUUGGACAUACUGCAAGGUGAAGAUAUCUGCUACUAUGGGAGUCUCCUGCCAACGCUGGAGAUUUUGAUGUCAAACACACGGGCACUGCAAAACGGGCUCUCUGGGAUGACACUGGGGCUGCCUAAUGUCAUAUUACAGGCCAUCAAGACUCGAUUUGCAUCGGUGUUGGACAGCAAGAUGCUCUACUCCGUGACACUGCCAAAGUUUAAAGUGCGGUGGCUGAAAGAAGAGGGGGGGAAAGAUGCUUUAAAGACUCCUCCUCAUGAGGUAUAA